UCGGAGCAGCCAAGAAGCAGCCGCCGCCGCUGCUGCUAGAACAAGACUUCAUUCUAAGCGGAGCUGCAACGUGUCCCGCCAGCGGGCUGCCUGCUUGCCUCUCAGCCUCCUGGAGCGCUUUCCUCCGGGGCGUGGGGGACCAUCUUGCUACUUGCAGCCCUGCAGAGAUCCGCCGAGGAAGGAAGAGGCGCAAGAGGGACGGCUCCUUUUGCUUGCUCGGAUUUUGGAAAUCGGUUUGGAUUUGGCCAGCAUGAUGAAGGGUUGUCAAAACGACUGUGGAGCUGGAUGUAUGGGGGCAGCAGCAAAACAUGUGACCGAAUCUUUCAAGGCUGCUGACUUAAUAAUCAACCCUUCUACCACUUUCAAAGAGAAGCCAGACCCGAAUGGCCUAGUGUUUGGAACUGUUUUCACGGACAACAUGCUGUAUAUAGAAUGGUCAUUAUCUUCAGGGUGGGAGAAGCCUCAGAUUAAGCCACUGGAGAACCUCUCCCUACAUCCUGCCAUAUCAGCUCUUCACUAUGCAGUAGAACCAAGAGGACAGACAGAGGCGAAACUGCUCCAAAUGCUGUGGCUCAAUGAAUACACACUGUUUGAAGGUAUGAAGGCCUACCGAGGGGUGGACGGCAAAAUCCGUUUGUUCCGGCCAAGACUCAACAUGGACAGGAUGUUGCGAUCAGCUGUGCGAGCCACUUUGCCGGCAUUUGACAAGGAAGAGCUGUUGGAGUGUGUCCGAAAACUUGUGGAAGUCGAAAAGGAGUGGGUGCCAUAUUCAACGUCCGCUAGCUUGUACAUCCGUCCUACUUUAAUUGGAACAGAGCCCUCCCUUGGAGUCAAGAAGCCCUCGAAAGCCCUCCUCUACGUGAUACUGAGCCCUGUGGGCCCAUACUUCUCAAGUGGCAGUUUUAAUCCCAUAUCCCUAUGGGCGGAUCCAAAAUAUGUCCGAGCCUGGAAAGGAGGAACGGGUGACUGCAAACUGGGAGGGAACUAUGGCUCUUCCAUUUAUGCCCAGCGUGAAGCAAUGGAAUUAGGGUGCCAGCAGGUUCUCUGGCUAUAUGGGGACGACCAUCAAAUCACAGAAGUUGGGACAAUGAAUCUCUUCCUGUAUUGGCGAAAUGAAGAUGGAGAAGACGAACUGGCAACACCACCCCUAGAUGGCAUCAUUCUUCCUGGUGUGACAAGGCAGAGCAUUUUGGACCUGGCCCACAAGUGGGGAGAAUUUAAAGUGUCAGAGCGAUACGUUACCAUGAGUGAUCUCAUAGCUGCCUUGAAGGAAAACAGAGUAAAGGAGAUGUUUGGUGCUGGAACAGCUUGUGUUGUGUGCCCUGUUUCCACUAUAUUAUACUUGGGCGAGCAUUUGCACAUUCCAACCAUAGAGAAUGGACCUGAAAUAGCUACCCGUUUCUUGAAGCAGCUGACCAAUAUCCAAUAUGGAAGAGAAGACAGCGAGUGGGCAGUCAUGGUGGCGUGAUCGUGAAAGGGCAGGGCAGGAUCAGACCUCUUGGCAACACAAGGCAGGCCAACAUACCACCUGACCAGUUUUACCAUAGCUCUGCGUAGCGUAGUCUGUGUGUUAUCACUUUGUUCCUGGGCUGGGGGAGUGAUUUGUUUCCAUGUGCCAGGGAGUGUGAACACAAUCGUUUUGAUUUCAUACUGUGAUUUUUGCUCUAGAGUAGAAACCUGUCUUCUGGUAGAGGUGCUAGAUGUAAGCAAUAGACACUUUCCUAACCGUUUCCUUGGUGCCCCCCUUGUGUCGUUGGUACACUCAACAGGUGUGUUUCAAACGUUCUUCAGCUGCUCUUUAGUGUAAGCCUAGUCUUUCUUGUACUUCACCUUUUUUUGGCCACAGAUCAGGUGGGCUACAUGCAACACACAAUUGCUACAUGCCUCAGAGAAACCUUUUGAUAGUUCUACAAAUCUUCUCUUCUUUUUAGCCUAGGGAAAGAAUAGUUUUUUAAUUUCCCACCCACCCCGGCCCCUCCUCCUGUUAUUUCUGAUUUAUUUAUUUAUUAUUUGGUGGGAUAUUAUUCCCCCUAGAUUCUCACAACUCUGGGGAAUCUCUGUUUCAUGCUUCGCAUUGGUCAUGGGGGCCAUAUUCUAAAUGAGAAGGCCUGGAUUGGAUUCCCCUGUGAUGAUUCCCCUGGUCACACCAUGCCUUGAGUGGAUUCAGAUUACCAGUUUUUCUUGCAAAUUGACUUUCUCAAUCACUCGAUUGUGGAGUAUGCAUGGAACUACAUUGCCUAAAUAGAGUGCUCCAGUAGCUGAUGGGCUCCUUAGCCACCAGUUUUGAGCAAGGAAGAUUUUGAGGAGUUGUCUAUUGCACCCUAAAUCCUUUUAGAUAAUCCAGUUCUUUAUAGCUUCUGUGAUGCAGUGAUUGCACAGAUGUUCCUGUAAGCAUUGUCCAUGGAGUCCCAUCAUCCAUUUAGCCUCCUUCACACAAUCCAGUUCCACUUGACUCCCAUAACAGUGCAAAGGUCAAGCAAGUGGGCAGGUAAAACUGGCCAUCUGAAUACAUCCUUAAUUUGCUGGAAGAACCAAUAAGGUGCUAUCUCAAGCAUUCCGAGAUGUCAGAGAGCAUCUAAAACGUGUUGUCUACAUCUUAUUUUUAUUCCCGGACAAUCUGAGUUUGGGCCACAUUCUUGGCUCUGAAAUGAAUUACUGGCCGCUUUUGUCUUUCACCCCACAUGAACUUUACUCUUCACUAAUUGAGAUUUUUUUACCUCUUGGCUCAUCCCUUUCUGAGCUAGCUUUAAGACACCCCUUGCCAAAGAGGCUACUUACUGCAGUGUUUGAUGCUCUCAGACUCCACGGACCAGAUAUUUAUUGAGUUAACAUUUCUGUAGCUUCAUGAGGCAGCAAUUUAAUCAUGCUAGUAAGAUAGCCAAUAAAAUUGUAUGGAGAGGCAGUUUUCUAUUUUGCUGUUGCGCUAAUGCAGUACUUGGGGGACUUUCCCCCCCGUCUUCUAUGAAGGGGGAGGGUGAAAUUUUGAGAAACCUUUAACUCUGCCACUUUUUUAACAGAGCCUACCUCUAACUGGUGAGAUGCUAACUUCUAGAAAUAUGCUCAACAUCUCCAUAUCUCUCCCUUUUCCUGCUGGUCUCAUAGCCUACUAAAACAUUCAGAGAAAACAAAUGGUACGGUGCUCCCCAAACUGUACUACUUCAGAAUGCAGGUAGGGGGAGACCACAUUCAUCGGGCAGCAUUCAGACAUGCAGUUUUCUAAACAUAAAAAGCUACCACCUUACGGGGAGGUGUUGUCAUGACACCUUCAUUCUGACAUAGUAGUUUUAGAUGGGCAACAGUUCUUUGAUGUAGGGGAGCAUUUAGACACAGUCCUCCGUGUGCAUUCUGAAAUGGUGUGUACCCAAGAGGACUCUACCAACUGCUUUUUUAGAAUGUUUUAAUAGGUUCAUCAAACAAAUCCCUUCAAUACAUCCCUGACAUUAGUCUGUACAAUUGUUUGUUACCGUUCAUUACCAUGAUCCUGCAAAUCCUAGAUACAACUGGCAGCUAUCUCUGUGAUUGCAGGGGAACCUUUUCCAGACAUCUCAAUAGCAGAAAAUGUUGUCAACUGUAUCUGGGGUAGAUUGGUUCACACACUAAUGUGAAUUCAAGUUGCCCUGCACUGUUCACAUCGAGAGAAAACCUUCUCUGGGUUGGUGAGCAGUGGACCUUUAGACAGAUUUCAGUUUCUUAUGCUUCUGUCGCUUUAUUGAAGACCAGUUGAAGUUCAUUGUGCCAGGCAGUGUUCUAUUUAGAAUGCAGAUGUUAAGCACAAGCCGCUGUGCCACCUAUGGUAGAAGUAGUACUGUGCAUUUCUUCUUCUCCUUCUUCUUCUCCUUCUUCUUCCUCUUGCCACUUGAGUGUGUAUCGUGCUCCAGUUACUGUUCUGUUUUAUUCUGAGUAUUGUGGGGCUCUCAGCUCCCCGCUCAUUAGACUGGUGGCCCCAGUAUUAAAGAGGAUGCACCGCAGUUGUAAUGGUGGGCUGAGGAGUGACUUGCACAAGGCCACUAUCAUACCUGAAGAGUGCCUUUUGACUAGGGAGAGUGUGUCCACAUUAAAAGUUCGGUCGGACUCAUCACGACCAAAAUUAUACCUUGACAAAGAUGGGAUCUCAGACCUCAAGGUGCCACGUCUCCGCUACAGAUUGGCAGGAGGAGAGGCAGAGUGCAGUGGAGAAGCAAAGAGGGGAAGGGUGUGCUUUAGUCUUUCCCUGCACAUUGCUCUCCCCCCACCCCCAGUAACUUCCCUUCUCCAGCCACUUUUCACCCAGUCCAGGUUGCCAGGAGUGUGUCCCUCAAGCAAGGAAAAGCAGCUAAUGGAGAGGAACUGCAAGCAGAAGUGGCAGGCAGGAGAGUAAUUAAGCACUUUCCGCUGCCUCUUGUUCUCCACUGCAAGUCCUCCUUCCUGCCACCGUGCAGGGGAGAAGUCAUGGCUGGUGUUUGGGGACCCAUGUGCCCCUGGACAUGUCCUGCCAGCCGACAAUGUGUUCUAUUGCACAGACCCUUGAUGCUUAUAGAGUGCUCUCCUUGCGACAGAAUUGGAAAUAAAUGCUUUAAUCUGAGGGUUGUGGUGGUGUACUGAAUGUGAAAACCUCUGAUUUACGGGUACCAGGAACGCAUCCACAAAGGUUCUUGGAACAACUUGCACCAAGCGAGCGCCUGCUCACUAGUUCGAAAGUAUUUUAAUUACUUGGGCUUUCCCACACCCCCAGAAGAUACUGUAUUUACCUGGAUCCAAGACUAGGUUUUCCCCAAGUUCUUUGAUGUUAGAAAUUGGGGGGUUAUCUUAAAUUUAGGGUCCUCUUCCUUUGGGGUAAAUUUUAUUUUAUAUAUAUAUAUAUAUAUAUAUAUAUAUAUAUAUAUAUAUAUAUAUAUAUAUAUAUAUAAUAAUUUAUAUUUAACCCAUAUUUUUUAAGGGAGUCAUCUUAAAUUCAGGGUUAUCGUUUAUCCGGGUAAAUACAGUAUUAAGCCUGGGGAAUACAUAAAUGAGGUUGAAAGUACCCAGAUUUCUGGGGACAACUUCCUUUCCCCCCUUGAAGGAUUUAUCAUUGUCGAUGCUUCUGCUGAGGCUUUCCUUGUCGGCUAGAGGUUCUCAACCUUGGGUCCCCAGAUGUUGCUGGUCUACAACUCCCAUCAUCCCCAUCAGCAGUAGCAUUUGGCCAUUAUGGUCAGGGAUGAUGCAAACUGUAGUUCAACAACAACUGGGGACCUAAGGCUGAGAAUCCAUGUUCUAAGCCUAGUUUCCUAGCCGGUAUAGGGAAGAAGGAUUUGGGGAGUACUUAGGAAAGAUUUGCAAUGCAAAGUAUGCUAGAUGAGAUGUACUGUUUGUCAGCUCAAGGGUGGGGAGAAUAAGGCAUGCUCUUACCUUGAGAAGUUAGUCUUGCCAAAAGGGUAUUAAAUUUUGACCAGAAGAGAUCAAACCCGGGUUCACAGGAGACAAAACCAAAGGCUUUGCCACUGUCUCUGUGGAACUUUGUGGUAUCCCUGGAGCUGAUAAAAUGUUCAGUAGGUGUAAUUUGUUUUGUAUUCUGCUCUCCACUGAGAUUAACUGAAGGAUGGCUGUAAGGGUUUUUUUUUUUUUUUAUUCAUUUGUAAUAUAAAGAAAUAAAGGGUCAAACGGUCCUUACAUGGAGAUAGCUGAUAUCAAGAGUUUCAGUCGUUCAAAGUGGAUCCUUGAGUUACUCCAGGCUGUGUUUUGCUUAUGUAUGUUUGAAAAGUUUGUUGUAGAUCCACUGAAGUUAAAGGAGUUCAAAACUGGGAAGCUUUACCAAGAUGAUGAAUUGUUUCUUAGUAGUAAGUCAAAGCCACAUCCAGUGCACUCCUGUGAUACCAAAUAGCUUGCUGAAAUUUCAUGAUGUACGAAUUGGAGCAUGAGGCAGGUUCCAUAGAAGUGGCAGAAGUGGGAGUGCCUUCCACAGCCUUUCCAAUGCUGCCUGACCUCGUGAAGGGGGAAGUUAAAUGUCUCCUGCUGGGAUUUGUACAGAAUCUGGAAGCAUGGGGAGAGGAAGCAUAAAUCACUCAGUUUCUCCCCCGUCAUGUCUUCAGAACAUGCAAAGUGACCAUGAUGCUUAGGUAGCUUCAGAUUUUGCCCUUGGCAUCUCCUCUUAUAAUGGACGUGUUGCAAUGAACUAGUUUAGGUCUAAGAGAUUGUAUCAUUGGCCUUCCAAGGCACUACCAUGCAGGCUCUUUUUGCUGGACUGGGUCUGCAUUGUAGAUGACUUGGUUCCAACUUAGUGACGCAUCAUACCAAUUUAUUUAUUUUAUUUAUUUAUUACCUUUUUAAACCGCUCCAUCCAAAGGCUCUUGGUGGUGACACAAUUGACACAAACACAAGGAGAAAGCACUGUGGACUAAUCUCAUCUGCUUUGGUUUCUCAGUGCUGGCCCUCCUCAUAUGCACCUUAUGUGGUGUGCUUUGAACAGUCAUCCUACUACUCUGUUAUCUUGUGAGGGAGGAGAGCUGGUCUUGUGGAAGCAAGCAUGUAUUGCCCCAUUUGCUAAGCCGAGUCCAUCCUGGUUUGCAUUUGAAUGGGAGACUAUAUGCAUGAGCACUGUAAGAAUUUCCCUUAGGGCAUGGGGCCACUGGAAAGAGCAUCUGCAUGCUUGCAUGCAGGAAGUUCCAAGUAGGGUUGUGCAUGAAUCUAAUUUGAGAUGCCAAAAUGAUUUGCAUUUCGGCUGGGGGCAAGCAGGUGCUUUAAAUGGGCACUUCCUAUGCAGGAAGCUCCCGGUGCAGCAUGGCUUAUCUGCAGAGACCGCACAGCUGUUUGGAAGCGACAGCCCCAUGGUGGAGUGGCAGAGGAGCGCCGGAGAAGCAGAUAAGACCUGCUUCCCUCCAUUUAAAGCACCCACUCGCCGCCCCCAUGGAUGUGCACAAAAUGCUUCGUGCACUGCUCUUGUUCCAAAUUCCCUCCCUGGCAUCUCCAGAUAGGGCUGCGAGAGACUCCUGCCUGCAACCUUGGAGAAGCCACUGCCAGUCUGUGUAGACAAUACUGAGCUGGAUGGACCAGUGGUCUGAGUCGGUAGAAGGCAGCUUCCGAUGUUCCUAUCGCAAUUUCGUUGAAUGGGGUUAUACAAACACACAAAGAGACAGGAAAGCAUGCAUGGGAAGAAUGCAAAUCAUGGAUCCUUCCAGUAAACACUGCAGCUAAGUUUGGUUAAAAUAUGUCAGUUCUGUCCCCCCUCAUGGAGGUGAGACAUAGCUCACAGUUAUACUAGAUUGACUCUUCACUCGUCAUGCUGGCUCAGAAGCUCUAGAAUCCUCCAUGAGGAGGAUCCUUUUGGCUACAGCCAUAUGGGGGAAUAACUGACUCGCCACAGCCAUACUGACAAGCUACUCCUUACUUAAGACCAUCGUUUACAUGAGCACUACAGGUUAAAAAUGAGCCUUUUUGCAUAGAUUCGUCUACUGGGAAAUGGUGCCAGUCAGCAUAGUUAUACCAUAGUACAUCCAUUAUUGCUUCCACCAGACCACAUUUACUCCCCGCUUCUCCAUUGGAGAUAACAGCAGGAGGUGCAGUGCAGAUGUCCAUUGCCAUAUGGGGCCCAUUGGGUUUGAGACGCACUGAACAGCAGGCGCACUGUGCAGAUGUGAGAACCAGAUCUAAAUCUAACGAUCCAUGAUAAAGUAACAUUGUAACUAUAACGCACAUGCUCAUCGAGGGGAGACCUCAUGUGACCAAAUCAACCUGUGGGGAAGCUCUACAGGUUGCACAUAAUCUCGUCAAGUGUAGCUUUUGAGAGCAACCAUUGUUUGUCAUGAGAAGAGGUCCUUACAUACGCCAAGAACUGACUUCAUACAGUAUACGCAGUUGUGCUAGGUUUACCAUCCAAAAGAUGCAAUGAUUAUAAACAGCUGCAUGCCUAUUAUGAACAGCUGUUCAUUGAAUAUUGUCAGCAUAUUGGCAAUGAUGCUUAGGCAUGCACACGCCAGAUGUGUGGAUGCACCCAAGAUUUCUCAUCUGUUUCCUCUUCAGUUUUUCCACUGAACUUCCAAACUGCAUUUGAGCUUAAGUAGUUUCCAGGUCUAUGCAGGAAGCAGCUGGACAAGGUGCAGAAAUGUUGUGUGCAUGCAUAUGUUACUUACCUCUCUGCCUUAUGGCCCUAGAGUUUCACCGGAGUGCACUGUUUUUGUCUUUGGAAUGUUCUACAUGAGUCUUCUCUUUUUUAUACCCUGGAAUCAUCUAUGUACAUUGAUGCAACCUGUAUGAGAUUUUGUUUCAGACUGUGAUUGCUGAAGGUCUAGGUUUUUAAAUGUCUUUUCUUAAAUGUAAAGAGGUUUUCAGAUCACACUCAAACCAGCAGAGUAUUUUGAUAUUGCGUGACAAUCCUAUAAAAAAAAUAAAAAUUAUACCUUC